AUGAUUCGCUGGGGUGGUGACCACGUCGAGGCGAGCCACAAAGUCUGGCGUUGCGGUGGUCGCAUCGAGAUUCAUCCUUGCUCGCGUGUCGGGCAUUGGUUCAGGUCGGAGGAGGAAAGGCCAUAUUCGGUGCAAGUUCCGGAUGUUGUCAGAAACUACAAGCGGUUGGCUGAAGUGUGGCUUGAUGGGCACAAGGAGUCCUUCUAUAAGGUGAAGCCUGAAGCUCGAAAUAUGCCAGCAGGUGAGUUACAGCAGAUGCAGGAAUCCCGAGAGAGGCUGAAGUGCCAAGAUAUGGACUGGUACCUUCAGAAUGUGGAUGUGGAACUGGCGUGGGAGGAAAAUCACAUUUGCAUCCCUGGUGCCAAAAAGGAGGAAAAUGGAUGCCGCUCAUCCACACCAGCACCAGCACGCAGCACACUGGACAAGGUGAUGCCUCUGAAGGACUUUCGCAAAGUGCGGAAGCGCCUGGAGGAGAAGUUCCAACUGCCAGGAGAGGUCUGA